GCUAAAGGGUUCGCACGCGAGUAGAACGCUCUUCGCAUACGAUCGACUUCAAGCACUUACCUAAAGUCCUUCAGCCGACGAGCUGGCCUUGUGGCUACAGUCUCCUCUACGUGCACCACCUCCCCUCUGACUAGUUACUGUAUGCAAGAUUUUUCCAAGGUAGAUUAAUUCUUUAUAAAUAUAUAUACUUAGCUGAUUGCUAUUUGUUUCUUGGCAAGUCCUUGGGGCGUUGCGAGCUCAGCAGGCCCCUAUCCGCCACGACUGGAUUUACGAUUACUUAAUCUUAGCUACCAGAAGUCUUCAAGCUUGUAACGUCUACGUAUUGUGCAAAUGCGCGUUGGGCUGCUUUGCGUCGGCCCCAUUCAGCCAUCGCAUGGCACUUUUCAGCAGGCGAAACCACCACCUCCAUGUCCGCGAAUUCAGUUUAGCUGCAAGAUCAGACAUGUCAAGAAAGCCAGCCAAGACGCCUUCAACCAAAGCGUAUGUGGGCGUAACGGCUCGCGAGCAAUUGCCCGCAUCGCCAUCGUCACAGCCGCAGCACACAGUCUGCCCUCAUCAGCCGCAGAGCCAGCCACAGGCCUCACAGCAAACAUAGAUCGCACAAACCCUUCCAACCCCCACCCGGCUAAGGACACACUAGCAGCAACAUCGUCGCUUACAUCCAGCAACGCCAAAGCUUCUGCUGCAACCACCACCACCACCGCCGCCGCCACCAGCAAUGCCCCACCUCCCCCAUCACCACCCUCCUCCACUUCCUCCUCCGCUUCCUCUUCCACCAUCUCCUCCGCGUCCCGCGCACGUCUUAGCCAAGAGGAAAUCUCGGCACGCAUUGCCGCCUCCCACGCUCGCCGCGCCACUCGUCUGUCGUACAACUGUCCCGCUUGCUCCAUCUCCGCCGCCACCCCGCCCAACAUCGCUCGCCACAUGAGCCGCUGCUGCCCGGACUUGAUGGAAUCGGACCUGGCUGGCUGGGGACAGCUGGACUCCCUCCCCCGCGGCUACCCCUCCCCCCAACACGACCUCGCGGUGGCCCUGCUGCGCGCAGCUGCGGCCCGCGAGCACCAGCUGCGGCACACGGCGCUGCAUAUCGUGUUCUGGUCCGGCCCCCUUGACCCCGCCACGGGACUACCUGUGCGGCUCGGGGAGGGGGAGGCGGCGGCAAGACUGGGACUGCCGCCUGCCAGGGUUUCCUCCCUGCUGCGAGCUGCACGCGUCUCCGUGCCGCUCGCAUCCGACUGGGCCGCCUUCCAAGCGGCUGGUGCUGCUGCCGACACUGCCUCUGCUGGCGCUGCUGCCUCUGCUGCUGCCGACACGGGGGCUGCAUCCGCGUGUGGCAGCGGUCUGGAUGUGUUGUGGGAGGACGAGUACUUUCUGGCCGUCAACAAGCCGCCCGGGGUAAACACCGCUCCGGUGCACCGAUUCGUGGGCGGCUCCAUGGUCAAUCGGGUGAUCGCCUACCUCAAUCGCGACCGGCGGGCCGGCAGUGGCCAGCAGCAGCAGCAGCAGGUGACUCUGCUUAACCACCACACAGCAGCUACUGCUGGCCCCGCUGCUGCUGCCACCGUGUUUCAGGGCAUGCCGCUGGGCGCAGCAGUGCCGUUCGGCUACCUGCCACCACUGCUCCCCCCGCGAGAGCCCUUCGCACUGGCCGGCGCUGCUGCUGCUGCCUCCUCCUCCUCCGCCACCUCCUCCUCCGCCACUUCCUCCUCAGCAGCCACCUCGAGUGAUGGGGAGGACUUGACGGACGACACACAGCACCCUCCUCAUCACCAGCAGCAGCAGCAGUCCCCGCAGCCGACCCACGGGUCAUCCCAGCGGCAGUUGGAGCCCUACGUGCUCCACCGCCUGGACAUGCACACCUCGGGGCUGCUGCUGUUCGCUAAACGCUCCGAGGUUGUGGCGGCGGUACACCGGCAGUUCAGGGAGCGCUCCCUCUCCAAGCUCUACCUCGCGGCUGCAGUGGGCUGUCCGCCCCCCUCCCAGGAUCGCUUCAGCCUGCAUGCGAGCAUUGACCGCCACCCGAGCCAGCCGGUGGCACGAAUGGUGGCGGACACGGGCAAGGAUGCCGCCACCAGCUUCACCGUUCUCGCCCGCAACCCGCACAUCAGCCUGCUGCCGGGCCAACACCCACACCCGCACCCGCACUUACAACCACACCCGCACCCGCACUUACAACAGAGCGGCGCGGAUGACAGCGGCAACAGCGCAGCUGCAGCUGCUGCCGGCACCGCAGCCGCAGCCAGCGUAGCAGCCCCCGGCCUCCUCAUGCGCAUGGCCGCAGCGGAACGAGAACAGCAACAGCAGCAGCAACAGCAGCAAGAGUGCUCCGAUCACCAUGCCAGCAGCCUUCCAGCAUCCAAUCACCAACAUCAUGAGGGAGCCAGCCUCAUCCUCUGUGCGCCACACACCGGUCGUACACACCAGAUCCGCGUGCAUCUGGCACAUGUACGACACCCCAUCGUGGGAGAUGACGUGUACGGCAUCUCAGGGCCCUGGAUCAACCGCCAGGCACUGCAUGCCGCCGCGCUUCAGUUCCUACAUCCGAUGACGGGGCGUGUCGUACGGCUGACGGCCCCGUUGCCGUACGACAUGCGAUCAUGUCUGGUGUCGUUAGGGUUGCCGGUUCCGGAUGUGGAGGCGCUGGCGGAGCAGGAGUGGCGGCGGUUGGAGCAGCAGCAGCAGCAGGGGUAGCAGCAGGGCUAGCAAUUAGGGACCGCUGGCAGCGGUAGUGGAGUGGCAGUAGGAGUAGCAGUGGAAGAGGGAAGUGACGACUGACGACGUGACGAGGGGUUAACGGCGGCCCUACCUGCGCCUUGGAGUGGGGGUGACAAGUUGUAGUGACAGACAACACAUGGAGUGUGUUGUAAUAGCUGGUGGGCAGGGGUGUUUGCAGGUCGCAAAUGGCAGUGAGUGCGAGUUUAGCGGAGCGACGGUGUGGCGGUACUUUGGUCCUUGAGCAAGCUGUUGUGCGUGACGGGUGUGCAAGGGUGCGAGGCGCGCGGGUGAGGGGUGCUCAGACAGCUGCCGCGAGGGGUGCUGUGACCCCCGUGAGUGAAUGUGGUGGCUGCUGGGCCGCUUCGGUUAGCUGGCAGCGGUUCCCCUGGGGGGCUGCUGUACGCAAAGAGGAAAGGAUUAAAGAACCGUGUGAUAAGGCGUCAUCGUCAUCUGCUGUGAGUGGAGG